UCUUGUGAUAUUAGUGUCUCGUCACACCCCUAAUUAAAAUGUAAUUGCUGGAGCUGUGAUGGUAUGUAGAUGCAUAAAAUAAGUCUCCACUGAUACUGUACUUUGUAUAAAAGAACAUUUAUUAUAAUAAAAUAAUUAAAAAGCACCCGGGUUUCUUUGUGAAAGAGAAUGUUAGCCAAUCUUAUCCUGAGCUCUCUGCCUCGUCAUCGACCCACUCAAUCUGUAAAACCCAAGGAUUUAUGUCUUUUGGUCCUUCGUCUGGAAAAAAGUAAUAUUAUCUAAAUAUGGAAAAAGUUAAGAGUCAGGACAUAUAGUAAUUUUAUUUUAUUCACUAAACGUUUUGUUACAUUUCCAGGACAACUAAGAAGAAUUGAUAAUAUUUAAGGUGGAAGUGCUAGAAUGAUUUACUGCUUUAGUAACAUUUAGUUAGAGUUGAUGAAAUUUAUUUGGAGCUGCUGCUCUGAAUCUGCUGCUGUAGAGCUUCUGCUGCUGUUUGGUUCUACAGAUGAAGUUGGGCUUCGACCAGAUGCUAUGAUACGCCACCGUUUACUAAAUUGAUUUAGUAAACAAAUCCAUUGAUGUGGAGCUGCAGUCUUUCUGGGAUCUAGUGAGACCAGAAAAGAAUCAAGACUGUUUGUCUAAACAGUGGGCAGUCUUUAUAAAGGCAGUAAACAGGCGUCAGCCUGAUUAUUGCAAGUGGUAAAAUGUGGGCUACCUCUAGUGGCUGGAGGACCACCAGCACCCCCUUUACACUAAGGACUUAGAAGUGGGAAAAAUACUGAAACAUUUAUGAAAUGAAAUUAUUCUCCUGAAAUUCAUCACCAACAACCAGGAUAUUUAACUAAGAGCAAUGUUAAACUGCUGAAAGAGUUGAAGAACAAGCCGUCCUGAAGAGCCUCCAGAACAUGCAGAAACAGUUUGAUACAUUUAACAGACAAAUGAAGCCAAGUCCUGACAUGGAGAAACAUCAGCACUCUGUCAAGAGUUUUACUAAACAGAGUAAUCUCAAAAAACAUCAGCGCAUUCACACAGGAGAGAAACCACAUCACUGCUCAGACUGUGGGAAGAGUUUUACUACACAGAGUACUCUCAAAAAACACCAGCGCAUUCACACAGGAGAGAAACCGCAUCACUGCUCAGACUGUGGGAAGAGUUUUACUAAACAGAGUACUCUCAAAAAUCACCAGCGCAUUCACACAGGAGAGAAACCAUAUUGCUGCUCAGACUGUGGGACGAGAUUUACUGCAAAGAGUAAUCUCAAAGAUCACCAGCGCAUUCACACAGGAGAAAAACCGUAUCACUGCUCAGACUGUGGAAAGAGUUUUAAUAAACAGAAUGCUGUCAAACUGCAUCAGCGCAUUCACACAGGAGAGAAACCGUAUCACUGCUCAGACUGUGGGAAGAGUUUUAAUCAUCAGAGUAAUCUCAAAAUACACCAGCGCAUUCACACAGGAGAGAAACCGUAUCACUGCUCAGACUGUGGGAAGAGUUUUACUCUACAGAGUACUCUCCAAAUACACCAGCGCAUUCACACUGGAGAGAAACCGUAUUACUGCUCAGACUGUGGGAAGAGUUUUACUCAACAGAGUACUCUCCAAAUACACCAGCGCAUUCACACUGGAGAGAAACCGUAUCACUGCUCAGACUGUUGGAAGAGUUUUAAUCAACAGAGUAAUCUUCGAAAACACCAGUGCAUUCGCACAGGAGAGAAACGGUAUCACUGCUCAGACUGUGGGAAGAGUUUUAAUCAACAGAGUAAACUAAAAAAACACCAGCGCAUUCACACAGGAGAGAAAACUCCAUCUCAAAUCAGUUAGAAGGCAAUUAAAAGCGCAAAUCGUAAGUCUUUCGGGCAGAACACCUUAUCCUACACAAAUUUUUCACUUUGUCACUUGGGACACGUUCCACCAGAAAAAAAACAUGAACUGAAUUUAAUAAUGGAUUUUACAGGUUCAGCAAAAUGAAUCUCAUCCAGCGAUCAUGUUCCCAUGUUAUGUUUUCUUAUAUGUUCGAUAUUUUCAGGAUAUUCUUUGUGAGACAGAGCUGAGUUUUUAGGGUAGUUACGGUAGGAGUUCAGUUCUGAAGAAUGGAAAAAACGUAGUCUUUAAAAUUUAGAUGUCAUAGUGAGUAGGGUUCUUAGCUGGCAACUAAAUGAUUCGGACCAAAUCUUCAGAGUUUAUGAUUUUAAUGCUUUUAAUCCCCUUUCUAGUAUAUGCAGAUUUGAUUAUUUCUAUUAAUUUCUAGUAUCUGUGUUUUUACUCUGUGGAAGCCGUACAAAGUUCCCUGGGCUUAGCAUAGCUUAGCUUAAUACUAUUAACUGCUAGGCCCAUCUGUAUGAAAGAAGAAGUAAAACACCACCUGAGGAACUCCAGAGUGUGCUCUCAAAAGUGAGACCCAGAGCCACAGAGAGACGACACUGGGCUUGGGUACUGCCGUGUGGACCGGAGGAGCAUCCAGACCCCGCAGAGAGGCCAACUAAAUCCUUUCCAGAGGUUAAAUAAAACGCUCCAGCUGUAGUUCUCAUACUGAAAUCAACCCCCUCCAGGCUUGUGUAGCGCAGUAAGGUUGUGGGCUCAUUCAUUCCCUCUGAUGGUGUUCUCAUUUGUCUAUGGUUCAGUCGUUCUGAUUAAAAAUCUGUUACCAUAGAGGGAUAUUUGGUUGUUGUAUUACUCAAGUUUUAUGCUCUCUUAUCGUUUCCUUAUUGAAUAUUAUAUGUUGCUUAAGGUUUUUUAAUCUCCAAAAUGUACUAAGAAUAUCCAAAUCAUGUAGUUUCUUAAUUGUUUUUAUCCACUACAAACUAUUAUCUUUGUAUUGCUUCACCUCUAUAUUUGCUCAUCUGUGUGUUUUAAUAAACGGCUUUUAGAUUGCAGAUCUGCAGUCUCAUUGAUAUGUUGUUUUCUCAACAUAUGUUUGACAUGAAACCUGAGAUUAUCUUAUGUUAUUAUUUGUUAAAUACUCAAAGGCGCCCAACAGAGAAAUACAAUGUAAAAUGGAUUUGUGUUGAAGUGUAACAUAAUAGUCCAUUUAAGAUUGAAAUUCGGAAAAAGAUGUUUUUUUUUAUUGGUUCAGGCUUAAAAGGGUUAAAUAUACAAUUACUUCCAAAGGUAGAGUAGCAUGUGUUUAACUUGAUUUCAUGUUUAUAAAGUUCUUUAUUGAGUGCU